CUAAUCUAUCCUCUCUCCCCUCCCUCUCUUGCAUACGAACCCAGAACUCAAACUCCAAUUGUGCCUCUCUCGCUAAAUUCUUUAUAUUAGAGAAGGAAAUGGAUGCUCAAGCAAGAAAGCAUGGUUAUGCAGGAACUGAAAGUGAAGAUCAGGGUAUGGGCAUAAGGAAGGGGCCUUGGACUAUCGAAGAAGACUCCUUACUCGCUCAUUACAUCACCAUCCACGGUGAAGGUCACUGGAAUUCUGCCGCUCGCUGUGCAGGACUGAAGCGGACCGGUAAAAGCUGCAGAUUAAGAUGGUUAAACUACUUGCGCCCAAAUGUUAGACGUGGAAAUAUAACUCUUCAAGAACAGCUCCUGAUUCUUCAACUCCAUUCUCGCUGGGGCAAUAGGUGGUCGAAAAUAGCGCAGAUGUUACCAGGCAGAACAGACAAUGAGAUAAAAAACUACUGGAGGACCAGAGUUCAGAAGCAGGCAAAACAGCUCAAAUGCGAUGUUAAUAGCAAACAAUUUCGAGAUACCAUGCGUUACGUUUGGAUUCCCCAACUAAUUCAAAAAAUAGGAGCAGAAUCUGAAUCUCCCAUGGAUCAACCCACCAUCAGCCCUCCCGCCUACUAUUCCAGCCAGAUUGAUAUCCCAGGUGCUGCAAGUGAAUCCGGUUCGGAUUUGAUAGACCCGAAUUUCAUGCCCGACAUAUCGGUCAGUAGUACUUUGUCAGACUCUUUGGAUGCCCAGGUUUCUCCCUGGUCGGACCUGACUGAUUAUCAAAAUCCACCCUGUGGUCAGUACUAUUCAGAUGGUAUGCAAAACGGGUCUGGUUUAUGCCCGGAAAAUGAUUCUGGUUCCUGGGGUUGGUGCCAGGAUGGAGUGGAUAUGCAAGGCAUGGAGCAGGAAAGAUAUGGUUUCAUAGGCGGUGGUGACUCAUUGGAUCAGAGCCUGUGGAACGAAGAGAAUAUCUGGUUCUUACAACAACAGCUAAUGUGAUCAUCGUGAUAUACAUAUAUAUGGUGUGUGUACAUAGAUGAACGUAGCAAAAUCAAUAAAGUGCAUCGAUUAUAAAUGAGAGCAGUGAACGAUCGCUUAUUCUUUAGAUUUGUCUGCAGGUCCAAUUAAGAGGAUCUUUUUAUGAACAAAUUAAAUUACUAAUUAUUUCACUCA